AUGAGCCCCGAAUCCAUCCCCCUCGGCCUUUCCUCCCUCCGCUCGCUCUCCGCACUUUCCGCGACCCCUCUCUGGCCGCCGCCGCCGAUUGCGGAAUGGCCUCGAGCCGCCGCAGAUCACGGCCCGCGAAUCGCGACCGCUGCGAUAGAUGUCGCCGAUAGGCUGCUGACUACAGUGCCGCCGCUGCUGACGCAGGCGCUGACGUCAGCGGCGGCAGGGGUGCACCGGUAUCUGCAGCGGUUCAGUGUGUAUGUGACUAUAGCGAAUGCUGCUCGCCCCGUGCUCAGGCCUGCCGUGGAUAAAGCGCAAGAGGUGCUCGAUAAGACAACCACCAUGCCAAUCCGUGUGCUAUGGCUGUGGCAACGCCAUCGACCGCUACAAAUCCCACCCGCCAUGAUAUGGCUGGUGUCGGUGCUGCUGCUGCUGGCAGGCAUCGCAUGCACGCUGCCCUUGCUGCUCUCCACGCUCCACGCCCCCCCCCCCCCCCGCCCACUACCCUGCCUCUCGCUCGGCCCGUACCCCGCCGCAUCCCUGGCGCCCACAAAAAAAAAACUCCUUUUCAUCCCCCCCACCCCACCCUCUCCCGCACUCUCCCUCCCCCACCCCACCCUCUCCCGCACUCUCCCUCCCCCACCCCACCCUCUCCCGCACUCUCCCUCCCCCACCUCACCUUCUCACGUUUUACCCCCCUUCUCUUCCCAGAUCCCCCCAAUGAGCACCAUCCCCGGGCGGCUGAUAUGGCUAACAAUACUGCUGCUGCUGGCGUGGGCAGCAUGCACACUGCCGUCGCUGCUCUCCACCCUCCACGACCCUCAGUACUACUCCGCCUCGCCCUUCCCCCGCCGCAUCCCCGUGCUGGGCGACGGUGGCUCUGCUCCCGUCUUCUCUGACACUGGAUUCAAUGUCGAGGCUGCUGCCAAGAUGUGGGAGGCGAAGGUGGGGUGUGCGCGCUUCAGGUGGAAGCACAGGGAUCUCCUAAAGAAGUACUCUUACUCCUCCGCCUUCCCCAAAAGCUCCAGUCUUCAGGAUCCAAACAGGGUGGCGUGCCGGCGAAUGCAGCUGCGCCAUGUCACCAUCCUGCUGCCACCUGGCGCGGAGUCAUGGAUGUGGCCGCACAAGCUGGAGGGCUUCUACCACUGCCCCCGCUGUGGCAUUACCUGCCAGAUCUCCUGGUCACCCCUGAUGGCCCUCCAGGCAGACGCCACGCUGCACGUGUGGCCAGCAGACCCACCUGCCGACAGAACCAGAGGGCAGCCUUUACGAGUGUAUCUGAACCUGGAGUCGUGGGGGCUGCAGGAGAAGCGCCGCCUGUUCGACGUGGGCGUGUCGCCCUUCGCCAGCAGUGACGUGCAGCUCACCUACUCAGGCGUGCACCACACUCUCGAGACUGGCAGAAGACAGUUCUUCUCCAAGAUCAAGCGCCAGGACGUGCCUCUGUACCGUGCAUCCUCCCACUGCCAGUAUGAGUGGCGAGAGGGGCUGGUGAGAGACGUGUUCGCCCUGGUGCCGCACCACAGCUUUGGGCACUGCCACAACAACAUGAAUGGCAGCGAUGCUGAGCUGCUGCUCUACCCUGAAUGCUCUCACCCGGUGAUAAGCGUACUGAAGCAGGAGAUAUCAGCAUGUGCCAUGUCGCACUACAAGUUCAUCCCAACCCUCCCCCUCCCCACUCCCCCCACGGCCCCCCCAGACAUACUGAAGCAGGAGAUAUCAGCAUGUGCCAUGUCGCACUACAAGUUCAUCCUCAGCACCGAGAACACGCACGUGCCGGGCUACGUCACAGAGAAGGCCCUCGAGCCCCUGGAGGCGGGCACGGUUCCUGUAUACUACGGGGCGCCCGACAUCCACCACUUCAUGCCUCCGGAAUCGUUUAUUGAUGGCAGCAAGUACACUGCUGCGCACCUCGCCACGCUCAUUACCGCGCUCAAUAAUGACCCAGCUGAGAUCCGCCAGUUCAUGUUGCCUGAGUCGUUCAUCAAUGGCUCCAAGCACUCUGCUGCGCACCUCGCCACGCCCAUCACUGUGCGCGCACCAACGACUCAGGUGCAUAUGAGGUACAUGAAUUACUUCGCAUGGCGCAUGUGUGGAGUGCCGGGCCCAUUCGCCCAUGUCACAGCACUCAACUUCGACUCCUUCCCCUGCCGCCUCUGUGAGGCUGUCAGCGCCCGUGGAGGCAGAAUGUUCUAG